GCCGGCGACCCCGUGUAGUGGACGCGGCUCUGUCCCGGCUCCGCCGUUCCGUCCGGACGAGCCCGGUGCUGCGGGCCGGAGGAUGCGGAGGAGUAGAGCCGCUGCCGCCGCAUCGUCGUACGGUCCCCGGGGGGCGGCUGCCGCCUGGCCCUGGCGGCCGCAGGCGGGCCCGCGCGGCUGAGGCGGGCCCGCCGAGGAUGAGUGCGGGCUGCGGGCCGGACCCCCCGAGGAAGAGAGUCCGGUCGAGCUCCGCGAGCCCUGUCGGAGACUUCCAGGGAGAACGGCAGCUGCCGCCGCCGCUCGGUCCCCGCCAGGAGGGGCCUGGCGGCAGUAGCUUUGGCGGCGGCGGUACCGCCACCGCCGUGGGGAACAAAGUUUGUAAACAACGGACAAUUACCAGUUGGUUGGAGAAUAAAGGACCCAAGACAACUGAGUCCAAAAGCUUACACAGCAAAAUUAGUAACAAUACUGAAGCAAAUUCCAAGAUGACUUCCAUUAAAAAAGAGAACUUUUGUGAGCAUGAUGUGAAAAAGCUAGAGAAUAUUUGUCAGCAAAAUUACUCAAAAAUAUCUGCGGAAGUUGGUGCAAAGCAUGUAAAUUUGCCUCAGACAGGCAGCGUUUGUAGCUGGGAGGCUGAGGACAAAGAUCCAGUCUUAGACACAGAGCCUGUGAAGGGGAUGCAGUCUGGAGACAUCUUUAAAAAUGCCAACAUUGAUCAGAUGCACAGAACUGGCAAGCAGGUUCAGAGAGGCUGUGAGGAGAGCAGUGAUAACUGUGCUCAGAGGAAAUCAUCAUCUAGCCGGUCUUUGAAAAUGGGAAAUAUGAAACUUUCUUCAAAAGACACUGAGACAGAUGGACAAGUGCCUUCAUGCAAUUCACAGAAGCUGAAGACUUGCGAUUCUGUCUGUUUAACAGGUGAACAAGAUGUGGAUGUAGUUCCAGAAAGUCCACUUUCAGAUGCUGGUUGUGAUGCUUGUAUAUCUGAUGUUGGGGGUCCUGGGAAACUGAGCAAAUGUCAGAGCAGUUCAGGGGAUUCUCCUGCUUUUGAGAAAGAAAGUGAACCAGAGUCACCGAUGGAUGUAGAUAAUUCCAAAAAUAGCUGUCAUGGAUCAGAGGCUGAUGAAGAAACCAGUCCAUUUCUUGAUGAUGGAGAGGAAAUUAAUAUGUCAAAAUCCAUAAACAAAUCUUUUAGAAUUCAAUACGGAGAUGCUGAACUGGAGUCAAGAAAAUCACAUUUUUCUGCCAAGGGCUGUGAAAGUUUUGAGGAAAUAGAUAAUUCCGUUAAAGAGGAUGGUCUGCAUACAAAGUCACCUGGGACCUUUCCUGCUCCAUCAUCAGAACUCAAAUGUGCAAAGCAGAGUGUGAAGAGGGAUUCCAAAAUCACCUCUCACUUCAUGAGGAUACCUAAAGCUGAAGAGAAAAGGAAAGAAAAGUGUGAAUUCGAGCCCCAGAGGCCAGGAAGGAAGAUUCCGAAGUAUGUGCCACCUCCUUUUCCAACUAAUAAGAAAUGGUUUGGGACACCGAUUGAAGACAUGAGAAGAAUGCCGAUGUGUGGGACUCGUCUGCCACAUCUGCGACCCUCAGCCAACCAUACAGUAACCGUCAGAGUUGAUCUUCUGAGGGAAGGAGAGGUGCCUAAACCUUUUCCAACUCACUACAAAGAUCUGUGGGAUAACAAACAUGUUAAAAUGCCCUGCUCAGAACAGAAUUUUUACCCUGUAGAGGAUGAGAAUGGUGAUAGAACUGCUGGAAGUCGAUGGGAACUAAUCCAAACUGCCUUACUUAACAAGUUUACUUGCUCUCAUGAUUUGAAGGAGGCUAUACUGAGGUACAACAUUGCUUAUUCCAAGAAAUGGGACUUCACUGCUCUUAACGACUUCUGUGAGAAGGUUCUUGAAGAUGCAGAAGCUCAACAUUUGUUCCAGUCCAUUCUUCCUGAUAUGGUCAAGCUGGCACUCUGUCUCCCUAGUAUCUGCACCCAGCCAAUACCUCUCCUGAAACAAAAGAUGAAUCACUCCAUCACAAUGUCACAGGAACAGAUUGCUAGUUUUCUAGCUAAUGCUUUCUUCUGUACUUUUCCACGUCGCAAUGCGAAGAUGAAGUCUGAAUAUUCUAGUUAUCCAGACAUUAACUUCAACAGAUUGUUUGAAGGACGAUCACCAAGGAAGCCAGAGAAACUUAAGACCCUUUUCUGCUAUUUUAGGAGAGUCACAGAAAAAAAACCCACGGGAUUGGUGACGUUUACAAGGCAGUGUCUCCAGGAAUUUCCAGACUGGGAAAGAUCUCAGAAAAAGCUGUCUCGAUUGCAUGUCACAUACGAAGGCACCAUUGAAAGCAAUGGGCAAGGUAUGCUGCAGGUUGAUUUUGCAAACCGUUUUGUUGGAGGUGGUGUGACUGGGGCAGGACUAGUACAAGAAGAAAUUCGUUUCCUAAUCAACCCAGAACUGAUUGUAUCGAGGCUCAUCACUGAAGUCUUGGAUCACAAUGAAUGUCUCAUCAUCACGGGUACUGAGCAGUACAGUGAGUAUACAGGCUAUGCAGAAACUUACCGGUGGGCAAGAAGCCAUGAAGAUAAGACCCCAAGGGAUGAAUGGCAGCGACGCUAUACUGAAAUUGUUGCGAUAGAUGCAUUUCACUUCAGACGUUUUCUUGAUCAGUUUGGUCCAGAGAAAAUUAGAAGAGAGCUCAACAAGGCCUACUGCGGCUUCUUCCGACCCAAUGUUCCACCUCAGCAUCUCUCUGCAAUAGCCACAGGAAACUGGGGAUGUGGUGCCUUUGGAGGGGACUCCCGAUUAAAAGCCUUAAUUCAGAUACUGGCAGCUGCUGAGGCUGGACGUGAUGUUGUGUAUUUUACCUUUGGAGAUGUGGAGCUGAUGCGGGAUAUUUACAGCAUGCACACUUUUCUCUGUGAGAAGGGCCAAACUAUUGGGGAUAUUUAUAGGCUGUUACUGAGAUACUACAAUGAAGAAUGCAAAAAUUGUUCUACUUCAGGACCGGAUGUCAAGCUCUACUCUUUUAUAUACAACACCAUCGAGUCCUAUGCAGAUUCUACUGAUGAUGAUGAUGAAGAAAAAGGGUUGUGCUUUGAUGAUUAAAAUACUUGAAUUUGAUCAGCAUAUUGUUCAUCUCCUCCCUCUGGUAUAUCAUGUGAAUUACUGGGUAUAAUUGGCUUAAUGUAUAUUGACUGCAUUUGUAGUUAUGUAUACACUCAAACAAAUCCCCCACCUGUUAGAGACAAUUUUUUGGUGGUUUUAUACAUGAAAACCUUGUUCAUGUGUGUACAGAAAAGAUUUCUUUGGUAAAUCUGGUUUGCGUUAUACCUUGUUAAGCAGGACACGUUGGAACACGUUUGUAUUUCAGUUAAGACAUUGCUGAAGACCUUCAGAAGAUUUCCCUGUAUUCCAUUGCCUUUAGUUUUCAGAACUUGUAUCUCGAUUUCUCAUGUAAACUUAGUGCUGGAGUACAGACAGCCUUGCAACUGUUGGGAUGAUGUUAAAGAGAAGUGUUGUAAUGGUCAUUCUGACUGAAAAUUGUCAUAAGUUGAUAACCUCCUUAAGACUGCCACAAUGCCAUCAUUGUUCUUAACUUUUCCAUUGAUUUAACUUAGUGUCCUGGAUUUAACCUAAUUUUUUUAGUAAAUGGUUAAAAAUUGACAGAUUCUGGAGGAGCUGUAAUGCAUUUCACAACUGCAUGGUCUUUAUUGAACCAGGUGUAAAAGUUAUCAUGAAGUAGAGAGAACAGAGUAUGGGAGGGUGUGAAAAUGGGAAAUGUGACCAAAGUUAGAAGCAGAGAGAAAUGUUUUCAUAUGAAACUCUUUAAUACCAUUCUGCUGGUGCUAUCUGUUACAACAUUGAACAAGGUCUUAGACACGUUAUAUAUUUGAAGUUUCUCAAGCUUCACUGUUGUUGGUGAUAUUAUUUGAAUUCGGGUCUGCUAGUUGUGUUUAUAUUGUCGUAUCAGUUCUCCUUUAUUGCAGUGUGCAUACAUGUGAGCAUGAGAUCCCCAUGGGAUAACUUGAGUGAGGAAAUGGAAAUCACAUAUCUGUUGGAGGAAAGUCUGCAGGCAACAGGUAAAAACACAAGUUAGGAGUUUGCGCCUGUGUCAUUUUAGGCAUGGGAAUAACAACAAUGAAGAGAAGGCAAAAUACAUGUAAAACCUGUCCAAUUACUAUCUCUGUGAAUACCAAACUAGUGUGGCUGUAGUUCAUUAAUAGUUUACACAAAACUGUAGAUACGUCUGUGAUAAAACUUCUCCGUGUUUGUGUACGGAACCAAUCCAAUGAAACUGUCUAUUCAUGGUUUAAACCCAGUCUAAGUUUAAGCUCAAAUUGCUAAAUUUAGCCUCUUCUGUGUUAGAGUUUCUGGUCUGUCAUGGUUGCUAUCACAAGUUUAGCAAUACAAGUGAAAACUGCAGCAGGAAAUGUAGUGAGCUAAGCCUCUGGUAUCGGCAAAUCCUUUUGGCUAAUGUCAGAUAAAACCUCUCAAAGCCUGAAACACAACAUGGUAAUCAAAUACUGGAAGCUGUUGGCAGUCUGGCCUACCAUAAAGCACUUUCUGCUUGAGCUGCUCUUGGUGGAAGCAAUAACAAAGAGUUUGGGUCAUUUAUAAAAUACCUUUGGAGUGCUGCACCUUGGCGUUAAUGCUAAGCAGCAGCUUGGAAGCAUGUUGCUUGGAAGGUGACAGCAUUUCAAGGGUUUCUUCCUAUUCUUCCCACCAGCUGUAGUUUUCUCCACCCCCCAUUACAAGGAAAAGAUUUGGGCUACUGUUUCAGGUGUUUUCCUGUGCUUGCAACUUGUGUCCUCAGAGUUAGCUGAAAUCUUUUCUCCUGUUCCUGAUGUCCCAGUGUUGGCUCAGAUUCUGGCAAUAGGAAUAACAGUGUUUUGUCAAAAUCUCUUCUUUGAGCAUUUGGCCUCAGCUGUGACAGUGCUUCUAGAGGCAUUGCUGAUGAUAAAUGUACCUUGUUAAUUAAGACAAAUGACGGAAAACUGGUGCUAUCUGCUAAACCUCCUUCACCAUACUACUCAGGAUUUCCUAUAGAAAAGGUGAACAGAAUGUUUUCUGCAACAACUGGAAGGAAACAUAGCAAAAAGCCUGAAGUGGCUGGGUAUGAUCUCCCCUUUAUUGUAAAUAAAUCCAUCUUUAUUAAUGCAAUAUUAAUUUUCAUUGAGAUUGGUCAGGUAUGAAAAAUGUCCCAAAAUAAGAUGGCUUAAAAUUCUACUACAGCUCUAGAAACAGAAAAAUGUAUUUAACUUUGGAAAGAUUCUCUGAAGAUUGUAUUAUAGGGUAUCUGGUUAAGAGAGUUUUCGCAGUGUCAAGUAUUUCCAGGAUAAUCCUAUGUUUUGUGCAGUUUAUAUUUUCAUUGAUACCUGAUGGGGAAGAUUGUCUUUUAUUUGAGGUCAUUCUUUAGGAUAGGCUUACCUUACAUUCCUGCCCUCCCUCCCCCCAUGAAAUACAUUUACAUGGAUGGGAGAAAAGGAAAAUAACUUAUUUUCUGUGUGAUGUGUCACCUGAGUAAGAGUGAUACAUCCUGCAUUCUGCUGUGUGUCCCUGAUCUGGUAAAGGGCAAUGUUGAUUUUGAAUAUGACUUUGUUUGCAGACAGGCUGAAGAUGAUAUUUUUCUCAGUUUAGUGGCGAUUAACUCCGGAUAGCCCAGAGUUAACAAAUGAGCCAACAGUGUUAUAUCCUCAUGACUUCCUAAUUCAAUAAAGAGCUAAACUGCCCAGAAUGCUGCAUGUGGGAGCAGGAAUUUUGCAUCAGCCCAGUAUGUGUUUUGCAUCUCUUUUCCUCCACCUAUCACUCUGUUUAUAAACUCCUUGAAAUGCUUUCUUUAGCUGGAGGUGCCUUUUGGUGCUUUAUUUGAAGUAGUGUGAAAUGGAGACGCCGAAGAUCUCUGUGCAGCCCAGUAAGCUUCAGUUCCACUCUUCAAGAAACCUGUUUAUGCAGUAGUCCCCUUCUUGGGUUUUGUAUUACUUUAGGGAUGUUUGCUAUAUGAUUUCAAAUAAAAAUAAGAUUCCUACCAAAACUUCUGUUGUAUACUUUUUAGUAGCCAAAUUGAUUGCUUAAUAUGAACAACAGGCAGUCAUGUAGAUUGCAUUGUUGCCUCAUAGUCAUGUGUGGUGUUGGAGCACCUCUGUAGUUUUACAGCUCUUGCACCUAAACUCCUCAGUUUUGAGGUGUUCUUAUCUAAUGAUGAAUACCCAUUACUGUAUAUAUUAAUUUAUAAACCAUUCAAGUGUUCCUGACAUUCUGAACUUACAGUUUAUGCACCAUUAUAUUGAUUUUUCUGGAUCUGUAUGCUAAUGUUUACAUGAUUUUGUAGGAAUAUGAUUAAAAAACUCUGACUGAA